AUGGCAUCUUCAUCAUCUUUAUCUAUCACGAAUGCCUUACGAAAGCAAAAUAGAAUCAGACAGGAAGCAGAAGCUACAGUACAGUUGGGAAAGACUUUGGGUCUGGAAAUGAAUGGGAAUGAAGCAAAAGUUAUGGACCGAAUUCUAUCCUGGAACGUUAGAGGUUUGGGAAGGGUUGACAAAAGGCGAAGAGUAAAGGAAUUUCUGAGGCUGAAAAAUGUGGAUAUGGUUCUCCUGCAAGAAACAAAAAGAUCAAACAUUGAUGAUAGUGUGGUAAGAUCUCCGUGGCCUAGUGAUUCGGUGGAAUACAUGGAAGUGGAUGCGGAGGGAAGUGCAGGAGGAAUUCAGUGCAUCUGGAAUCCCAUGACUUUCUCACUACAGAAGUGUUGCUGCUCAAGAAAUUUCAUCCUUUUGGCAGGUAUCAUGCAUUCUUGUAUUAACUGUGUAAUUGGUAACAUAUAUGCUCCUAAUGAAGAUUUGAAUAGGAGGAGGUUAUGGGGCAUCCUAUCCAAUUUGAAAACUAUCUUCUCUGAUCUUUGGUGUUUAGGGGGAGAUUUCAAUGAAGUCAAAAAUAUUUGUGAAAGAAAAGGGUAUAUAAGGAGGGAUAGAGGCAUGGAGGAAUUUGGUACCUUCAUUAGCAAUCUUGAACUAGUGGAUAUCCCAAUGUUAGGCAGGCAAUAUACUUGGGGUAAUUCUCAAAGUUGGAGCAGAAUUGACAGAUUCUUAGUUAACCCUGAGUGGCUGGAAUGGCACAGAUACAAGGUAUGGGGGUUACCAAGACUUUUUUCUGAUCAUAGCCCCAUUUUGCUGAUGGAAGAUGAUAGGAACUGCGGCCCAAAGCCUUUCUAG